ACCAUUCUCUCUAUUUUCCUCUGUUUGACGACGAACAUUACGGGGAGAUGAUCAAAAUGGAGAAAUCGAGUUUGGGAAUCUGGUUUUUGAUUGUUGCUUCGCUUGUUUCAUGCCUGGCAUUGCUCUGUGCUGAUUAUCUCACGUUUGGGGGCAUCUAUGGCAUCACUCUUCUCUUCAGCAACUUCACUACUUCGAUCGAUGCUUCGAAAUUCGUCUCUGUUAAUUCCAGUCAAGUUUCCAGCUCGUCGAGGAUGGCAGUCAGUCCUGUUCCGAUGAUCGACAGUGGGAAAACAAUCGAGAAAGAAGGUCAGCUCAACAUCAUUGACUCUGUUUCGUUUCUCAGGAGUAAAAGUCCAUCGAUAACUGAAAGUACUGAAAUCGCCAUUAAUGAUGGAGCCGAGAUUCUCACUGGAGGCCAGGAAGAAGAUAACUGUUUAGGUCGAUACAUAUACAUUCACGAUCUUCCAAGUAGGUUUAACGACGACGUAAUCAAGGAUUGCCGGAAACUGAUUAAAUGGUUCGACGUGUGCCCGUUUAUGGCGAAUUCGGGUCUUGGCCCGGCGGUGGAGAAUUCCAGAGGGGUUUUAUCAGAGAAAGGCUGGUUUAUGACGAAUCAGUUUUUCUUAGAAUCAAUUUUUCGCGACAGAAUGAAAGGUUACGAAUGCUUGACGAACAACUCAGCCAUGGCGUCUGCAAUUUACGUUCCGUACUUCGCGGGAUUCGAUAUAGGUCGGCAUUUAUGGGGGUAUAACGUAUCGAUAAGAGAUUCUCUGGGUAAAACUCUGGCGAAAUGGCUCCGAGAGCGGCCUGAGUGGAAAUCCAUGGGAGGCAGAGACCAUUUUUUUGUAGCUGGUCGGAUUGCUUGGGAUUUUCGCAGAGUAAACGACGAACAAGACGAGUGGGGAAGCAAGCUCAUGUUCUUACCAGAAUUUUCCAACAUGACGAUGUUGACCAUCGAGUCAACUCCAUGGAACAACGAAAUCGCGAUUCCGUACCCAACGUACUUUCAUCCAUCAAGCGACGACCAAGUUCGUCAAUGGCAGAACAGGGUACGAACCCGAACCCGAACCCGGCGGUUCUUAUUCUCCUUCGUCGGAGCCCCACGACCCAACAUGACAGGCUCCAUUAGAGGGAAAAUCAUCAAACAAUGUUUAUCAUCAACCAGGCGCUGCAAGCUUCUGAAUUGCCAUGAGAACAACUGUGAUGAUCCUGUUAAAAUCAUGGAGGUUUUUCAAGACUCUGUUUUCUGCUUACAACCUCCCGGCGACUCCCUCACUCGCCGGUCGAUUUUCGACUCCAUUCUCGCCGGCUGCAUCCCGGUUUUCUUCCAUCCCGACUCGGCUUACACACAGUACUUAUGGUAUUUCCCUAGAAACAAUACCAAAUACUCCAUUUUCAUACCCGAAGAAGAUAUAAAUAAAAAGGGAGUGAGUAUCAAGAAGGUGUUGGCUCAGGUUAGGAAGAAGAAAGUAAAGAGAAUGAGAGAGGAGGUUGUGAAUAUGAUCCCCAGUAUUAUAUACGCAGACCCAAGUUCGCCAUUGCUGAACCUUGAAGACGCAUUUGAUGUAGCGGUGAGCAGGGUUCUUGAGAGAGUAGGGAGAGUAAGGAGAAACAUGAAGGAGGGCAAGGAUGUUGCCGCAGUCCGUGGUUCGACGAUUAAAUUGUCAGAGAAUAUCAGAGUGAAUUGAGAAUAAGGUGUUACUUUUUGGAACUCAUAUAUAU